AUGAGGCUGAUCAGGGGGAAUUCAGUACUGGAGGUCCUUCUGGGUGCAACCUGUGGGGGACUGCUGGUACUACUGGUAGGUUGGUCACGAGGUGCCUGGAUGCCUUCAGGAAAGCCAACAUAUAGCCCCAGGACUGAAGACACACCGACUUCAACCUUAGAGACGUUCACAUGGCAAGCCCGGUUUCCACUCUCCCUGGACAGGGAGCCCACGCAAGUUUUCCCCUUCCUUCUCAACCAUCCAGACAAGUGCAAAGUUUCAAGGGGGGUGCCCUUCUUGCUGAUGUUGGUGAUGACUCAGCCCCAGGACCAGGUUGUGAGAGAUGCCAUCCGGUAUACAUGGGGGAAUGAAACCACCGCACCUCGUGUGAUCAUCCGACGCCUCUUCCUAAUGGGCCUGUCCCCUUUCUCCUCCUCCUCCUCCUCCUCCUCCCACCACCUGCUAGAAGAAGAUGAAAAGCAUGGGGAUCUACUCCAGGUGGGUUUCCUGGAUACCUACCACAACCAGACCCUCAAAACCCUCAUGGGACUGCAGUGGAUGGCCCAAUACUGCCCCACAACCCAUUACGUGCUUAAGGUGAAUGGAAACGUCUUCCUGAACCCCAGGCUGCUGGUGCAGCAGAUACUAAAGGCUGAGCAACAACCCCGACCAGACUUUAUCACUGGCUGUAUCUACAGAAACAGAAUACCCAUUCAAAGGCAGUCCCAUCCUUGGUACAUGCCCCUAGACAUGUUCUCCCAUGCCAGGUACCCACCAUACUGCUGCAGCCCUGGCUAUGUGCUAUCUAGACCCCUGGCCCUUAAGGUUCUCUCCAUCGCCCGAAGAGUGCCAGCUGUCCACCUGGAAGAUGUCUUUGUGGGGCUGUGCCUGCACCAACUAGGGGUGGAACCCACUCCCAGUACCCCCAUCACCUUUCUGAUGUUUGGCCGACUAUACAAUCGCUGUGACUUCCAUGGUUUUGCCCUUGUCCAUCCCUUCAAGCAUCAGGAACUUAUUCAGGUCUGGCCUGACUUUCAGAAGGGCAACACCACCUGCCCCCUGGAGUGA